CAAGAUGGCGAACGUUUUUGAAGGGAACAGUACAGAAGUUUGUAGCUAUUUUAAUAUGGACUGAAAACAUGAAGUCAAAGAAAUCUAACCAGUAACGCAGUUAAUUGACCGGGAAAAUGGAAUCAGUAGGCGAUCAAGUGACUAAGACGAAUGUAGGUUACGAAAUUCCGACUUGGAACAGCUGGUCUCCAUUGGCUAAAUUUUACCAUCCUCUGCAAGCUGGAAGCAUUGAUGGUACUGACACGGUGCCUCAUGAUAGGGCUGUUAGUCGCGCUAUGGUCGCAAAGUAUAAGCCAAACAAGAGAGUCUGUGGCAAUCCAGACAGCACAUUGUUUGUUGGGAAACUUAGCAAAGAAACCAGAGAAGCAACUGUGUACAAAGUAUUUGCAAAAUUUGGAGAACUAACAAGAUGCAGGCUUAUUAGAGAUGUUGUGACAGGGUUUUCAAAAGGCUAUGCAUUUGUAGAAUACAGAAGUGAGAGAGAUGCUAAUUUAGCAUGGAGGGAACUGCACAAUCAAGAGAUAGAUGGCUGCACUAUAUUAGUAGAGUAUGAAGCAGCAAGAUCUCUGAAGGGCUGGGUCCCAAGACGACUGGGAGGUGGAUUUGGAGGAAAAAAGGAGUCCGGACAACUGAGGUUUGGAGGAAGAGAUCGUCCUUUUUGGAGACCAAUCCCAAAACAGCAAGAUGGAAACCAAAAGAAAUAUUUGCGAGGUUCGCGAGAUCACGAAGGUGCCCGUGCAGCACGUGACAAUCCCCGUGACACUUAUCGUGAGCGGAAAAGUGACAACGCUCGCGAGAAUUACGCUCAUCGCGAGCGUGACCGUGAACGUGAACGUGAUCGAGAUGGAUCUCGUGAAAAACGUGAACGCGACAGGGAAAAUUCACGAAGCAGUUCUUACUACCGUGAACGCGAAGGCGAUACUGAUGGGAAAAGAAAACGUGAGCGUGACGGUGAGAGAUCGCGUGAUCGUGGCGGAGAACGUUACAAAGACCGUGAUCGUUUUGGAGAUGGUGAGAUAUCGCGCAGUAAAGACAGACAUCGUCAUCGAGAGAAAAGAAAAGAUACUAAAAAGACUAGCGACGAGAGAAAAGAAGCCUCUGAUCUCAAAUAUGAGCAAGAAGAAGGAGAAGUGGAGUAGUCUUUUUCACAGACUCAGGGCAAGGAAAAGGUCAGCUCAAUCAGUGAAAUGAAUCUAAAGUCAAGACCUUACAGCCGCCCGGUGAGCGCGAUUUCCGUGGAAUGGCAACGCAGGACCACUGUCUUGCUCUCAAGACGAGUCUUCUCACAGUUUUGAUUGGCAUAUAAUCGUACGAGAAUUAUGUCGAGAAACAAAGACGAGCAAAAUGGACAACUAGCGCGAAGUUCUUGGGCCGUUGGUAGCUACUGAUGCAGUUUACAGUUAGUGAAAAAAAAAAUUGUCCUCUCAGUCUUGACACCUGCCCAGUUGAGUGGAGUGGAGAGACUUAAGGAUUUUUUCGUAUGAACCCUGUCAACGAGAAUUCACUGUCCAUGUGGUGCUUGAGCUACAUGACGUAACUCAUGUGGCAGCUCUUCAAGAGCAAACCUGUACAGUAAGCAUAGCAAACAAUGUUAGCUUAUGUCCGUACGUGUUUGCAACGAGGCCUUAAGUUGACUAUUGUUACUUACAGCAAGAAGUAUGUCUGAAGGAAACCAAUAAAAAUUCGUUUCUUGGUAAUCAGCGCUUUUUUGGUCUGAUUGAAAUAGUGUAAUAAUAGUGUAAUUUAUCGUUUAUGCCGUACACCAAGUGUGGCGAAUAUCUCAUUAUUAAGAAUGUAAGGUGUUUGUACGUUUUGCAUGUUCCUCGAUAAAUCGGGUGAUUAUGUGGGAGUUGCAAUGUUGCGUGCGAAAACCUUUUUUUUUUCUAAAAAAUUAAAAGGUACAAACAAUUUAAGUUCACGACGCAGUUAAGAGGAAAAAAUAUAUAUACAUAAAAAAACUUGCUUAAUACGAAAAUAAAAUCAAGAAACUCGCCCGAUAUGGGACUUGAACCCAUGACCCUCAGAUUAAAAGUCUGAUGCUCUACCGACUGAGCUAACCGGGCUUGUUGGUAUCUGGUCGGUUAAAAUAGAGCAACGCUUUGGUAUGGUGUUUUGGCACCAAAAAGCCUAAAUAAUGGAGGAGAUGAGUCGAUUGUUGCUUUCUUUCAACAAAGAACGGGAAGUAUACAUACCGGUAAUUCAACAAAGGCAAAAAGGUGAUGGGAACGAGCUUGACCGGUAAUAAAGAAAGAAGCUAUACGGAAUUUUGGCAAUUUCACACCGCGGCAUAUAUCUUGCGCCACCAGCUUUAUUUUGGAUAUGAACCAUGCACUGAGAAUCCUACAUAAUAAGUUAUCAUUGGUAGAAUUACAUAGUCUAGUAUUCAAAGUGAAGAAUGAUCAAUGUGUGGCUUCAUAGCUCAGUUGGUAUAGAGCAUCGCACCGGUAUCGCG